GGAAGGAUGAGUCUGAAGACGAAGAAAAAAGCUCGGACUUCCUUCGGGGCCACAGCACCACCCUUCAUUGACUACCUGAAAGAUAUUCUACGUCGAUAUCCAGAUGGAGGACAGAUUUUAAAGGAAUUGAUUCAAAAUGCAGAUGAUGCUCAAGCCACGGACGUGGUUUUCAUACAUGAUGAAAGAAGCUACGGGACUGAGAGUCUUUGGACUGAGGAACUGGGAAAAUACCAAGGUCCGGCUCUCUAUGCCUACAACAACGCAGCGUUCACUGAUGACGACUGGAAAGGGAUUCAGAGUGCAGGAAGGAGCAUCAAACGCAAUGACCCAAACAAAGUUGGGAGAUUUGGAAUCGGCUUCAACUCUGUUUACCACACAACAGAUGUGCCAAGUAUAUUCAGUUCAGGACACCUUGGGUUUCUGGACCCCCAAGAAAAGACAUUUGGAGAAGGAAAAGGAGGGUUCCUGUGGUCUUUGGAUGAUGACGAACACCAAGAAGUUCUAAUGAACAUGCUUGACCAGUUCCAACCCUUUCGAGAUAUUGUUUCGCUUGUAAGCGAACAAGAAUGGUCAAAGGUUGUCAUGGAGGAUCAGAAAUUUGACGGGACCAUUUUCAGAUUCCCAUUACGCAAAGAAACAUCAGAAAUUUCAGAUAAUCUUUAUGACUCAGAUAGGGUGGUUGAACUUUUUGACAGCUUCAUUGCAGAUGCAGACUUAAGCCUCCUCUUCUUGAAAAACGUGAUAUCUGUGUCCUUAUUACAUGUUAAUGUAGAUGGCAUUGUCACCACCAGACUUGAAGUGAAAUCCUCAGUCUGCACAGAAGUGGUUCUGGAGUCAGAAGAUGAGUCAGUUAUCGAGAGUGAGACACGAUUCAAAGUGAUAACUCUCAAUUCAGAAAACCACAAAGAAACAAAAUGGCUUGUGACAACGUGUACCAUGAAAGAGGGCAAAGUGGAGGAGCUUGAUUCUCUUGCAGAAAAGUUGAGCUUUUUACCUCGAGUUGACUUGGCAUUUGCUUGUGGUGAGAAGAGAGACUGUAGUGAGAGUAGACUGAGCUGCUUCCUUCCCCUCCCAAACAAUGACUCCAACAAGACAGGUCUGCCAGUUUAUGUCAAUGCAUGCUUUGGCCUCACAGACAAUAGAAGACAAAUCAAGUGGCAAGAGGAGGAUCAGAAACAUGAUGACCACGCUCUGUGGAAUGAAUUGUUGAUGAAGGAAGUGCUCCCUCACGCAUACAUCAUGAUCAUUAAAGAUGCCAUCCAACUUGCCAAAGAAUCUAUCUUCCCAGUAUCUUCCGUGUACAAUCUGUGGCCAGACAUCGCCCAGGUACAACACAAGGACAAAUGGUAUGAUGUUGCUCUGGAUGUUUUUCGUCAUGUAUUCACACAGAAUGUGGCCAUCCUGUCCCUUGCCAAAAAUGAAAGACAAUUCAUCACUCCAGCAGAAGCCGUGUUCCCCUGUAAUGAUCCAACAAGCAUUGACAUACUGUCUGUCAUUGAAAGGACUUUGGUUUCCUGUGGAGAAAAUCUUGUGACUCUACCAGCCAGUGCUACAAGGGCUAUAAAUGAAGCCUAUCCAUAUCCAGAUACGUUAACAUAUGUGACGCCAACAUUCUUCAGGAACAUUCUCCACAGCACUGGAGUACAUGACUUGAGCAAAGAUGACAAACUCUGUCUUUUAGAGUACAUUUUGAGUGAUAGAAAAUAUGAAGAACUCAAGGGCCUUCAGCUGCUUCCGCUCAGUGAUGGUUCUUUCAUAUCUUUCACAAACAGAGAGGAGGACACUGCUUUAAUUGACAGCAUGGAAUUUCCAAGAAUAUUGCUGCCAAACUGUAAACACCUCUUCAUCCCACAUGAUCUCAGUUCAGCCUGUAGUACCCAUCUGAAACAACUGGCCAGCAAAAAUUUAUUCAUGGUCAUGAACAUUGACGCAGACCACGUGGCUGAAUACACAAGAAGGCAUAUGCCCCAGGACUGGAAGCAGAUGGGGACGGCGUUUGUUACAUGGGACAUCGGCAACAGUCAGCAUCCACCAUUGGACUGGAUUCAAGAGUUCUGGAAGUUUCUCAACACUCACUUCAGUGAGUUAAGUCGUUUCACUGAAUUACCUUUAAUACCAGUCAGACCUCUGUCCGUCAGUCAGCCUGUAAUUCUAGCAAAGCUACAACACAACACAACCAUGAUUUUUCAGAAAAACAAGCAGGUUAGUUUACCAGACCAAAUAGCCCAGCUGGUGACCAGAGUUGGUGGCACAGUAGUGAGAGGAAACCAGUGGCUCAAGCACCAAGACCUUGACUCCUAUGUACUGUGUCCAUCUCCAAGGAGUGUCAUGGUGGUCUUGAUGAAUUUAGAUACUCAGCAUCUCAUCAGAGAACUCAAAACUGUGUCUGAGAGAGCAAGAGAGGAACUGAAAGAUUACCUCUCUUACUUGGAUUCACUCUCAGGCCGAGAGAAAGAUUUGCUCUCAAAGUUGCCUCUGUUUCAAACCAUGAAAGGAUUCUGUGUUGCAGCUGAAUCCAAAAAAGCUGUGCUUCUGACAUCUGCCCUGACAAUACCAAAAGAUCUCCCUAUGCCUGAUUCAGUCAUCCAGUGUGCAACUGAGGCAGAUCGCAGGUUGUUACAGCUGCUAAAAGUUAGUCUCUUGGACACAGCAGCAGCUGCCAAUGUUCUCAUUGACUGUAUUGAGAUGGGGGCUUGCAGCACUGAAGACACUCAGAAAAUAAUGAUUUGGAUUUUACAGCAUGGUAAUAUCCUUUUCUCUCAAAAUCAGACUGUGAAAUGCAGAUGCAAGGACUUGAGUUUCAUCGAAAUGAACGGAGAGCUGAAAAAGACCUCAAGCUUUUUUGAUCCAAGAAUUCAAAGUUUUCAAGUCAUAUUUGAGUCAGACUUCUUCCCCCCAUCUUUAUACACUCAGACACAGCGGAUGCUAGAAAGCCUAACUGAACUUGGAUUAAUAAAUAAAGAAGCGGAUAUGUCACCUGAGUACUUGUUGCAUGCUGCCACACUUAUUGAGAAACUGCAUGGGGACUCUGAAACCGAGGCUCUCAAAAGAGCUCAGGUUCUCUUGGAGAUGUUGGAUGAUAAUAAUCUACUGUCUAAGUUUUCUCGUAAGCAGCUUCAACACCUUAAAAUGCUAAAAUGGCUACCAUGUGAUCAACCCGAUAAGGACAAAAGUCAAUUCAGUAAUGAAUCUCAGAAAAGGCGUUUCUUCUGCCCAGACGAAGUAAGACAUUCUGUGUAUGAGGACAUUGUUGGACAUGUAAUGCCUCUGGUUGGAAAGCUCACUGACAGAGUAAGCAUCAAACUUGACUUCAAACGUCUACCUCCGCCUGAAAAAGUGAUUGAGAAUUUGACAUUCUUGACAUCAAAAGCAGAAGAAAUGACUGAUCCUGAUACAAAUGUGGAUUUCAAAAGAAAGUUGCACAGCAUUUACAAACACAUGCAAGAAAACAUCUCUGCAUUUGAAGCAGUGAUGAACAAUGAGGCACGCUGGCUGUGGGCACACAACCAAUUCGUUUCACCACAGGAUCUGCUUCUUCACUAUCCACGUGAUCUGGAUCUGAGUUCUUACGUUGGGAAAGUGCCAAAAGAAUUUUUGCCAUACAAGACGUUGCUCCAAAGGUUUGGCCUGAGAUCAUUUCUUUCAAAUGAAGAAAUUGUUGGCAUUCUUCACACUAUCCAACUAUCAAUUGAAGCAAGGCAAGAGCCAUUUGCUAGUUCCUCUGAGGUAAAAGUGUCAAUAGAAAUUCUCAACUGGUUGUGGAGAGAGAAGGAGACCGUUGAGGAUGACAUCCCAGUGCCUGUCAUCAUAGAGGGAGAAAGAUUUACCCUUAAACCAUGUUCAACAGCAGUCUUCUGUGAUGUAAGCAAAAAUGGGCUGAAAGAAUUCCAAUAUAGGCCAGAAGAAAUUUAUGUAACUCAUGACGAAAUCCUAAAAGCAACUGCUGAAUGGCUGAAUAUUCGAUUUCUCAGCACCUACAUCCUCGAUCCAGAGCUAGUGGGGAUUGAACAGUGUGGACAAUCUGAACCAAUAACAAUAAGGAUAAAAAACAUUCUGAAAGAGUAUGAUGAAGAAAGUGACAUCUUCAAAGAGCUCAUUCAAAACGCAGAGGAUGCUGGGGCAGAUGUCUGUAAAUUCUUGGUGGAUUUAAGAGUACACAGAGAUGCCCCUGAAAGUCUCAUUGACCCUGACAUGGCUCUUUGUCAGGGUCCUUGUCUUUGGGCUUUUAAUAAUGAGCAGUUCACAGCUGAGGAUUGGGCAGAUAUUGUCAGAGUCGGCGCUGCCUCAAAAGAAACCAAAGUAGAGAAAAUUGGAAAGUUUGGACUUGGAUUUAAUACUGUGUAUCAUUUAACAGAUGUCCCCUCCAUCCUCAGUGGCAACCAUCUUCUCAUACUGGAUCCGAAUGUUACUCACCUUAAAAAGCACAUCAAAAACAAAACUAAUCCUGGAAUCAAGCUGGACCUCUCCCAACAGCGACUCUUUCUUUGGUUUCCUGGCCAGUUUGGACCAUAUGAAGGAAUUUUUGACUGCAAUUUCACUAGUCAAAGUCAUGAAUCUUAUCGGGGCACUCUGAUCAAGCUACCUUUCCGAACUGAAGAAGAGGCUCUCAAGUCAGAAAUAAGCCAAAGGGUGCAUCACACACGUGAUACCAUUGCUUUUCAACACCAUUUUACUGAGAAUUCACAAACUCACCUCCUUUUUCUGAAGAAAAUAAACACAUUAUCCCUUCAAAAUAUCUCAAAUGGUGCAUCAACUCCACCAAGAAAUGAUGAAAUAGAAACUGUCCUCACUGUCUCUAAAACUAUUGUGAGCACAAUGAUGGUUACUGAUGAAACCAAUGUGUCAAAGCAGUGUCAAGCUGAAAAAUCACUGAUGACACUUGAUGGUAAAUGCAAGAAGAUAAUCAAUUGCUGCACAAUCAACAUUGUCCAAAUAACCAGUGAGCAGUCUGGAGUAACAGAAGUCCAAUCUUGGCUCCUGUACAACUGCUUUGGGACAGAUCAGUCGUUGAAAAUGGCCCUUGAAGAAAACAGCCAUGCCAAGUUUUCUUUACCGAUUGGUGGGAUUGCUGUGCCCUUGCAAAAUAAUCCAGAGACUGGAAAACUGGCCUCAUUACAAACACAUCUUGUUGGACAAGUGUUUUGCUUCCUCCCUCUUCCUAUUCACACAGGUCUUCCAGUCAAUGUAAAUGGAACAUUUGCUGUGACAAGCAACCGAAAAGGUCUGUGGGAAAGUGGAGUGAAAAAUAACUGGAACAAAGCACUCCUCCAGGAUCCUGUAGUGACCGCAUAUGUUACUGCACUCUUGGCACUAAAAGAAAUGUCUGAAGACAAACAGCUGGAGACCUACAGUUAUCAUACAUUUUGGCCUGACAGGGAGAAAGUGAGUGAAACUUUCAAGCCACUGGUGGAUGCAUUUUACGUUGCCAUUGCUCAACAGUCCACUGGCCCAGAACUCUUUAGUAAUGGAGAAAGCUGGUGCUCAAUGAACAAUGCCAUAUUUUUACAUGAGACCAUUGACGAGAAUGAAGACAUCAGUGCCCUUGCAGCACAGGUAUGCAAGAAAUAUGCAGAAGAAUCCAAACAUGUUGUUCCACUUCCACUGUGGGUGAGAAACAACUUCAAGCUGGCAGGCCUGGGUGAGGUUUUACAAAACAGGACCUGGAACUGGGAGACGUUUUACAGAGAAGCAGUGUUCAAUAAUCUUAGUACCAUGGACCCCCAGAGUAGAAAUACUCUUGUGCUGCAUGCUAUUGACCUUCACAUCACAGAAAUUGACAAUCUGUUGGUCCGCUAUCCAUGCAUACCAACAAAAGAUGGACAGCUGCAAUACAUCCGGAAACUAGUGAAUCCAUCAGGGAAGGUGGCUUGUCUUUUCGAACCAGGCGAGGGACGCUUGCUUGGUGGGACAGAGAAUGACUUUUGUGCUCCCAGAAAAAUUCAACGCUUAUUGGAACUUGGAAUGACAAAUGAUCAUCUCCCACUGGAUGACAUCACAGAGAAAGCAAGAACAAUAACUAAAACCUGGAAUACCAACAAAGAGAAAGCAUAUGUGCAUUUGAAGUGCCUACUUGAGCUUAUGAUGUAUCACAUGCUUGAGACAGAUUCUUGUCACUGGGAAACACUGAGGAUGACUGCAUUUCUCCCAGCAUUUCCCCCUGGUAAUACAAAUAAGGACGGAAAUGUAACACUUAAAAUGCCCACUGAAGUUUUUAGUGACAAAUGCUCCCUACUCGUUAACAUGACACAACCUGUGCUGGAUCACCUCAGUCUGAAAAUACACAACACUGAUCCACUCCUGCAAGUUUUGGGGGUUCAGAGCAGUCCAGAGCCGAGGACGGUGAUUUGCCAGCUGCAAGAAGCAUCUAAGCAAUCUCAAUCCACUGACAGAUCCAUGCUUCACAACAUAGCAAAUGAAUGCUAUAAGUUUCUAGAUGAGUGGGUCAGUGAUUCUGGGAAUGCCACUUUGAUUUCACGGUGGGCGCGUUCUUACCCAUUUAUCUUUGUUGGCAAUACAUUUGUAAAUGUCAACCAUGUAGCUGAAAAUGAGCAGUAUGAAGCAAAGCCCUAUCUCCAUGUACUUCCACCUGCCUUUACUGGGUACAGGAAUCUCUGGAAAUGUGCAGGUGUUACAAAGAAAUUUACAGUCCUUCAGUUUCAAAGAGUGCUUCAAGAACUGCACACUAAACAUGGAAGCAAGCCUCUGCCACAAACAGAUCUAUCAAUUUGCCUCACAAUUUUAAACAAUGGGAUUUAUGAAGCCAAAGAGGAAACAACUGGUGACUGGCUGAUACCCAAUGAGCAAGGGGUCUUACAACCUGCAACUGAGCUGUUUUACAAUGACAGCCCAUGGAUGCCGGUCACUAAAGGAAUCACACUGUGUCACAAAAAUAUCCCACGUCCAAUGGCUCGCCACUUUGGAAUCAAAACAACCAGACAUCAUAGUCUGGAAAACUGUGUAGCUGAAAACAUUUCACCGUUUGCUUUUCAGUUUGAACAGAAGGAACAACUCAGUGGUAGAAUAAAAAACAUAAUUUCAGCUUAUCCAUCAAAGAAAGAUAUCCUGAAAGAGUUAAUCCAAAAUGCAGAUGAUGCAGAGGCAACAGAAAUUCACUUUGUUUGGGACAAACGAGAGCAUGGAAAAGAAAAAACAUUUGGGACGAGAUGGAACCCCCUGCAAGGUCCAGCACUAUGUGUGUUCAACAAUAAAGUAUUUUCUGAUGCCGACUUGAACGGCAUUCAACAGCUUGGAGAAGGAGGAAAACACAAGUCUCCAGGGAAGAUAGGAAAAUAUGGAGUUGGAUUCAACUCUGUUUACCAUCUGACUGAUUGCCCUUCAAUACUCACUGGUGAUCAAAUCCUGUGCAUUUCUGACCCCAAUCAAAGAUACAUUGAUUGUCAUUCAGACAAACCACCACCUGGGAUUGGCUAUAACCUAGAUGAUCAACUUAAGACAAUGUACAUAGAUGUCUACAAUUCCUUUCUUCCAGACAUUUUUUCUCUUAAAGAGGGCACCAUGUUCAGAUUACCCCUGAGGACGGGCACCAAUGCAAACAGCUCCAAAAUAUCAAAACAAGGAGUGACUGACCGUGACAUGAAAGAGCUGUGCUCUGCCCUGUCUGAAGAUCCAGAAGGACUGAUUCUGUUUCUAAAAAACAUUUGCAAAAUAAAAGUCCAUGAAAUCGAUGAACGAUCAGGAAAACUUAAAACCAUCUAUGAGGUGGAAAAAAGUCUUCCACGGGAGAGCAAGGAAGAAAAAGAUGGUUUUAUACGAUGUCUACAAAAUGCACUACAAUGUGGCAUGCUGGUAACCCCAAAAAAGAUUUUUUAUGAAACCACGACUUCCACUUCAGAUAAAACAAAAAGUGAAUGGAUUGUUGCAGAACAGUUCGGCUCAGAUGAUGAUGUACAAAAACUCUCAAACAAACUUCCCCAAGCAGCACUAGCAGCACGUGUUAGCAUUAAGAAAUCCAGCAACUUGGAUAUGGAUUUUAACGGAGAAGCCUUUUGUUCUCUUCCUUUGCCAGGACAUACUGGACUGCCAGUACACGUCAAUGGAAACUUUGAGGUGGAUUCUGCAAGGAGAAGCCUUUGGAAGGAAGAUGGCCAAAGUCUGAAAUCAAACUGGAAUGAAUCUUUGAAAAAGAACAUCAUUGCUCCACUCUACGCAGAUCUGCUUCAUUACAUCAGUCGUAACACUGCAGUCAAGAAAGUUCCUUUAACAAGUAUUGAAUCAUGUUUCAGUCACUACUUGUAUUUUUGGCCAACUGUUUCCCAAGAUGUUGGUCAGGAAUGGCAUGAAAUGAUACAUGAGGUGUACAAAGCAAUUAAAGCAAAAUGGCUUGAUGUGAUCCCAGUGAUGAGGAGCUCUACACGUACAACAGCAGGUCGAGAGUUUAAAGAGUACUCAGUUGACUGGUGCAACAUCAGUGAAACAGAAACAACCGAGGCACUGUAUUUGACAGAUGAAGCUAGUUUUAAAAUAAAUCCAAUUUUGGAAGACCUUGGAAUGAAACUGGUUCCUGUUUCUUCAAAAAUGCGCAGAAUUUGGACUAGUUUCAAAUCUGCUGGCAUUGAACUAAAAACUGUCAACCCCACUGCAGUACAGUGCUUCCUAAGAGCAAAACCUCUCAAUGAUCCAAACCAAACACAUGAAGAUCUACCCUUGCCUGUAACUGAAACUCUGAUCAGAGAUGAAACUAGAUGUUCAACGCUCUUGAGUUUUUGCUUAAAAGGAAACGCAAUUAAACACAGUUCUGGAUUACUGGAUGGGCUUCCACUUCUUCUAACAAGAAAUAAAGUUUUGACAGUAUUUAACUCCCAAUCUCCCAAGCUAAUAUCGAGAUAUGACAAUCUGUUCCUUGGCUAUGAAGACCAUUUUGCAGAUUAUCAGACAAACUACAGUCACAUUGCACUUCUACUAACAUGUAACGUUGUCCAAAACUUGACACUUCCUUGUGCAGUGAAGUUUUUGAAGCCAUUAGUUCACAGUCUUCUUAAGAACUGUGAAGUUGAUCCACAAAAUGGUCUUCAUGUCCCAAAUGAGACAAUGUUGAAGUGGUUGAAAUUACUUUGGAUGUUCUUAACAAGUCAAAUCACAUCUCAAACACCAGAUAAAGAAAUGCUGACAUUAAGUGAUGUGAGGAAGCUCCUCAGUGACUGCUGCAUUGUUCCUGUUGUGUGUCCAAGAUUAAACAACAAGAAUUUCCUGCAACCAAUGAAAAACAUGCCAAGUGUGAUUCAGUUUGCCUCAGAAAAAGACAUUUCAAGCAUCCUCUUUAAACUUGGUUUUAUGAAGCUUGAUACUGUAUUCUUCUCUAAGAUAGACCAACAGACAAGUUUCCUUCUACAUGGCGAACUUAUGGAUGUGAAUGAUAAAAGCUCAGUGUUGGACCAGGUCUACAACAUUAAGCACUCAGAGUUUUCCCAGCUCACAAGUGAUGAGAUGAAAUGUUUUCAGACCUUUGUCCAGUCUGGCAUAUCAAAAUUCAAUGACAAUAAUCAAGAUUAUAAGAAGAAGCUUAAAUCCUUACCAAUAUUUGAAACCAUACAUGGAGACCGAGUAAGGAUUGAUGGACCUAAAGAAGUAUUUGUCCUCAACCUUGCUUAUACACUGAGAUUUCCAGAUUUGUUUACGUUGCCACAGAGUGGCAGCAUUUUUCUCAGAAACCACCCAGAGAAUCUAACUCUGGCAGAAAAACUGGACAUUAAAAUUCUAAAUGAUUUGGAGCACUUCAUGAUGUUCAUUUUGCCUACUGUGCACAGACUCACAGAGAGACAAACUCUUGACUGUCUCAAGAUGUUGCUGACACUGCAACAUGUUGAUGACUUCGCUCAACACAAGGAAGAAAUCCUCUCCUCAAUGAAGACAGUGAAACUGAUUUGCAAUGAUCAAGGUAGUUUGGAGCCUGCAUCAUACUACUUUGAUGACAGUGUUGAGCUUUACAAGAUCAUGUUGCCCCAAGAAAGAUUUGUCCCUCAGACAUUUUGGACUGAGUUGUCUGAGGGAAGUGAACAUACAGCCAGACAAGCAAAGGUGCUGGUCAAAAAACUUGGAAUGAAGCAUGUUGUGUCAAAAGAUGAAAUAAAACAAUUUGCCCAUCAGCUGGAAUCGGACGCAAAGAGAAGCAGUAAUCCUAAAGAGCUGAAGAAGAAAUCAUCAUUACUUUUCAAGGUGGCAUUGUCUAAAGUAAACGAAGACAUAAACAAGGGGAACAAAGAGAAGCAUUUCCUGGAAAGCAUAGCUGACAUCAAGUUCAUUUUUCCAGUGACGAUUCGAAAAGAACUAUGUGACUAUCACCAACCAUUUGCUUCAGAAAUAACUACUGUAACAGUCAGAGGAUCUUUGAUCGAAAGGGAUCCUCAUCAUCAAGACUUGAUUUGGUCUUCAAUGCCAAUUAUACAGCUACCAAAUGUGUCUAUAAAGGUCCUGGAGAGGAUGAAAGCAGCAGGAGCUCUUGAACAACCACCUCCACACUGUGUAACCAGUAACCUCAAAAACAUCUGUCAAUCACUGUGUAAAACUGAGCAGAUGAAAGAAACCCGUGCUAAUGUGUUUCGAAGAUCGUAUGCCUACCUGCAGGCACAUGGUUUCCAAAGAAAACAACUCGCUGGUCUUCCUGUUGUAUUGGUUGAAAAAGACACACAACUUGUGAAGGCUGAAGUUGUGACUCUCAUACUCUCAAAUGAUCUUGACUUCAGACCGUAUUUGUACAAACUUUCUCCAAAACAUGUCCUGUUUGCAGAUUUCUUCAGGAAAAUUGGAGUGAAGAAUGAAGCCACUGCAGUGCAGUACAGUAACGUUCUGGCAGCAGUUUAUGCUGAUUCCUGUGAUAAAGUGCAGUUAAACCCAAACCAGCUGAAAACUGUAAAACGAGCUGUUGAGCAGCUGUUUCAAUUAAUCACAGCUGAAGGAAACCUGACACUUGCUCACGAUGUUGAGACUUUGUAUCUUCCUGCAGUAGAUGGUAAAUUACACCCAUCUCACACACUCUAUUACAAUGACACAGUGUUUGAGAUCAAAAGGUUAGAAGAUGCACUGCUGGAGAAAAACAUCUUGUUGCUUGAGAAACUCAGUGAAUGUUAUUUGGGCAGAAACAUAUAUGAGCAUCAUCGGCUGCUGCAAUUGUUACCUCAGAAAUUUCAGCCUAAAAUGUUGUCUCAGUUCACUGAGGAAAAACUAAUGGAUUCAGAGAUGCAGCUUUGUGAGACUGGAUGUGAUUUUAGUGGAUGGUUUGAAAGACAUCUUUCUUCACCAGCAUUUAGACAUGGACUGAUCUGUCUUAUCAAGGAACAGUCUCAGGGCGAAAUAACAGAAGAAGAAGCUACUAACAUGUGUGAGGAGACUUUUGGCAGUAUUCAGAUUGUCUGCUGUGAAACACUGGAAACCAUGCUGUGGCUAGAUAAACAGCCACUACACAACACUGCCAGUGAAACUAGUGUCUUUGUAAAACCAGGGCAUCAAGGAUGCAUCUUUUACCUAAAGCACAAUGAUGGCCAGGACCCCAAAGUGAUAACAGAAGUAAAUGUAGUGUUGACAAAGGAGAUAAAUGCUCUGUUAGGAAACAGAAUCGCAUCUCACCUCCAAGUGGUUGGGGUACUUCUUAUGUGCAAUAACUUGCAAGAGAUUCAGAAAGCUCUGGCUAACCACGGAAUCCGUGACAGUGCUAAAACUGAAAUCUUCAAUCUUGAUCCACCUGCCCCUGGGAUGGAUGUUCCAGAGGACUGGUAUGAUUCCUUAGACAUGAGCAUUCUCAACAACUUUGAAGAGGGGGAAUAUGUUGGCUACAGCACUAACAACAAGUACAUCUACGCAAUUAUUGUUGAACUUACUGGGCAUGCUCAACAAUGUUCACGUCGUUACAAAAUAGAAAUCGGAGAAGAUGAGCCGAUUGAAGUCAGUAGUCUGGACCUGUAUCAGUUUAAACGAGAAAAGAAGCUAAAACCAGAAGGGAGGACUUGUACAUCUGUUGAAGCAUCUUGCAUGGAGGUGGAGCUAUUAGCAGGACCUGUGCCACAUUCUUCCCAACCAUCUACAAGUUCCUUACCAGCAUCUGUUGAUGAAGCUAAAAGGGAAAUUGACAGAUGUUUGGCAGAGGCAUGGACUCUUCCAGUGGAGGAGAGGAACAAAGCCAUCAGGCGACUCUACCUUAGAUGGCAUCCUGACAAAAAUCCUGACUGCCAAUUUCUUGCCGCUGAGGCAUUCAAAUAUUUGCAGAAUAAAAUUGAUGAGCUCAGUCAGGGAAAAAUCAAGGCCAAAACUUCAGGCACAUCCUAUUCAAGCGAAUACUCAGAUUUCAGAGACUUCUACCAGCAAUGGAAUCAGGAGGCCAGGCAUCACAGAACAGGUCGGGAGAGAUUCUUCAGAGGCAACCACUCUUACAACUUUUGGACCCAUAAUGCAAAUGUCCCGAGGCCCAACAGAGAGGAGGCCCAGCGCUGGUGUAGACAGGCUCGCUGUGAUCUCAAUGCAGCUUACAAAGACAAUGAUGGGGAGAGCACAGAGUGGUGUCUGUUUAAAGUCCAUCAAGCAGUAGAAAAGUCUCUCGUUGCUGCAGAAUACAAGCGAAAUGGAAAACACCCUUCCAGCAGCUCAAUUUCUGCCGCUGCUGCACAGGUUUCCGGCUACAACCCCAAACUGAGAGAUCUGCCUCAAAUUGUGGAAAAACUGAGGAGUCUGGGAGUGGACGCCAAAAAGACUCAAUAUCCCAACUGCCAUCCAUUUCCUCACAUUCCCAACGGCCAGUUCAAAUCGGAGAAUGAAAUGUUGGCCAUGAACCUGGCGUCUGAGCUGCUCAGUAAAGUGGAAGCCUAUGUGAAUUAGAGAUUCAAGGCAGUCAGACAUGUCAUGACUUUGUUAUUUUUACUAUACUUUUUACUAUUUUACUACAAUAUAAUCACCAUUUUAAGCAGCGUAAUAACUGUUUUCUCCAUUUUUUUUUUUUUAAAUACAGCUUUAUUACUAUUUCAUUUUUAUUUUUUACUUUCAGUUUGGUUGUUGCAGUUUUUAUUGUUUAAAAAUGUUUUUUGUUGGAUUAGUUUCAUUAAUAUUUUAAACUCUUUUCAUUAUUCUUAUAAUAUUUCUCUGUGGAAAGAUGUUUAAGAUGAAUACAAAUACAUGACAAUAGAGUCACAAUCUCACAUCCUCCUGCGUUGUAUUGACAAUAUUUUUAAGUCUAUUAAUGUCUACUGUUUUAUUGUUUUUUCAGUUAACUAAACAAUUUUUUUCCACUAUUUUUUAGAUCUUAGUUUAAUAAGUACUGUGUUGUAUUAUCAUUUGUUAUUGAUUAUAAAGCCUCUCUCUUCUUAUAGUCACUGCAUGAAUAUAUUCUGAAAGUGUGUGUAUCAUUUUAAACCUUCAUCAAUCUAUUCAUCAUUGCUUAUAAAUGAAGGAAUAAAGCCACUGUAUGAAAAUGUUAAAAUGCAAGGGUCUAUGUUUUUUAUUAUUAUUAUUAUUUUGCUGUAAACAUUUAUUACUGAUUAUUUUCAGUUUUGUUUCAGUAAGUUUUCAAAGAGGCUUUUCUUGGUUUAAUUUUUUAAUGUUAUUUCAUUUAACUAAAAUGUUUUUUUCUUUCCUUCCUUUCUAUUUUUUAAUACGUAUAUUGAUGUGACACUGUGCUAUGUAUGUUAUUGUUUAAUAUGUAUCUUUGAGGGGAAACUAGUCACUGCAAGAAUAUGUUCUGAAAACACAAGUAUUGUUUUAAACCUUAUGUGCCUUACCAAUAUGAUGAUGGAUGAAUUUGAACAGAGAGUGAAAAAAUUCCUCUUUGAACACUGUCUGAAUUUAUGAAAAUAUCA